CCGCCCCUCGCCCCGCAGUCGCCGGGAUGAGAGAAAACAGGGAGAGAAACAGCGACCGCCUGGGAAGCAGCUAGUGCGAAAGUAAAGGGGCAGAGCAUGGAGCGGCAGUAAUGUUCUGAAGAGCUAAAUUGGAAGAGUUGAUUGUUAUUUUUGAAGUGAAGACUUCAUCACUGACGUCUAUAUGUUUAUUUGUCAGCGUCCGAGAAGUAAUACAGCUCACCAGUGGCAAUAACUGCCUUUGGUAUACACUGACAUUUAUUUGAAAACAAGAAUUAACAAAAAAAAGGCAAAACCCAACGAGUCUUUUGAAGACGUGUGUCAAAUGACGUCAAUGGCCAGUUUGUUCUCCUUUACUAGCCCAGCUGUAAAGCGUCUGUUGGGCUGGAAACAAGGAGAUGAAGAGGAAAAAUGGGCGGAAAAAGCUGUUGAUGCUUUGGUAAAAAAGCUGAAAAAGAAAAAAGGUGCUAUGGAAGAACUGGAGAAAGCUUUGAGCAGUCCAGGACAGCCCAGCAAGUGUGUUACCAUCCCUCGUUCUUUAGAUGGACGACUUCAGGUUUCUCACAGAAAAGGCCUUCCCCACGUAAUUUACUGUCGUGUCUGGCGUUGGCCUGAUCUACAAAGCCAUCACGAGCUGAAGCCAUUGGAUAUUUGUGAGUUUCCUUUUGGAUCUAAACAGAAGGAAGUCUGCAUCAAUCCUUACCACUAUAAGAGGGUGGAGAGCCCAGUUCUACCUCCAGUGUUAGUGCCUAGACACAGUGAAUUCAAUCCACAGCACAGUCUACUCGUUCAGUUCAGGAACCUAAGCCACAAUGAACCACACAUGCCACAUAAUGCGACGUUUCCAGAUUCCUUCCAGCAGCCCAACAGCACUCCAUUUUCCAUUUCACCAAACAGUCCCUAUCCACCUUCUCCAGCCAGCAGCACUUACCCAAGCUCCCCAGCUAGCUCUGGACCAUCUAGUCCAUUUCAGCUACCUGCUGAUACUCCACCUCCUGCAUAUAUGCCCCCUGAUGAUCAAAUGGGGCAGGAUAACUCUCAGUCUAUGGACACAAGCAAUACAAUGAUCCCUCAAAUCAUGCCAAAUAUAUCUACCAGAGAUGUUCAGCCUGUUGCCUAUGAAGAACCCAAACACUGGUGUUCGAUUGUGUAUUACGAAUUGAACAAUCGUGUUGGGGAGGCCUUUCAUGCAUCUUCUACAAGUGUCUUAGUAGAUGGGUUUACAGAUCCCUCCAAUAAUAAAAACAGGUUCUGCUUAGGUUUGCUCUCAAAUGUUAAUCGCAACUCAACCAUUGAGAACACUAGACGACAUAUUGGGAAAGGAGUUCAUCUCUACUAUGUUGGUGGGGAAGUCUAUGCUGAGUGUUUAAGUGACAGCAGCAUAUUUGUACAGAGCAGGAACUGCAACUACCACCACGGCUUUCAUCCAACAACUGUAUGCAAGAUUCCUAGUGGAUGCAGCCUGAAAAUCUUUAACAAUCAGGAAUUUGCUCAGCUUUUAGCUCAGUCUGUCAACCAUGGAUUUGAAGCAGUGUAUGAGCUCACCAAAAUGUGCACCAUUCGAAUGAGUUUUGUAAAGGGGUGGGGAGCUGAGUAUCACCGACAAGAUGUCACGAGCACCCCGUGCUGGAUAGAAAUUCAUCUUCAUGGGCCCCUCCAGUGGCUGGAUAAAGUACUUACACAAAUGGGUUCUCCUCUUAAUCCCAUUUCAUCUGUUUCAUAGUGUUGAAAUUCCAUCUUCAGCCUUAUUUUUAGUGAACUUAUUCUAAUUCUAGAGAAACUUCCAGCGUGGAUACUGUGAGCUAUAUGGAGAAUGGAUCUUAUGGUUUUACUUUCUUUUUUUUUUUUUUAAAUCCCUUUGUGACCAAUUCCAUUGUGUAUAGCUGAGCAGUUUUACAUUUCAAUUUGUUCUUGUGAUGCUUAAGUGACAGUUGAGCCCUAAGGGAAAAAGAAAAAAAAAAUCUAUUGGAAAAAUUCAGAACGCUUUUCCCCUCCUUGGAGUAGAAUUUAAACAGGCAUAUGUCUUAACUGGAAAUUAUUUUUUGUCCUGUAGGGGCAGAAUGAUGAAGACUGACUUCAGAAAAUAAAUACAUAUCAUAGUUCAUUGUUUUUUUUUUAAUGUUUAUAAAAACGAUUGAACAUGUGCAGCUCCAGCUUGCAAGCUGUAUUUUUAGUGUAGUUGCUUAACAAAUUAAGUUUGACGUCUGUCAUAAAGAAAAUUAGGCUUUAUUAUGGCUAAUUUGCCUAAUUGAACAAUGUGACUUUCUUUAAAUGUACACAUGAAAUAUACUUUUUACAAAUGUCGGACUGGUGUAAAAACACUUUGUCUAUUGGAAAAUGCUGUCAUAAACACAUUGUAUAUGAAUGCAGAAUAGCAGUUCUUAGUCUUUUCCCACUUCAGUUUUGUACUAUUGCUUUUAACCACCAUUUUAAAUAGUAACUGAUACAAGGUAAACAUCUUGCACGUUUCUGGAGUAGUGAUUUUUGUUUUUCUUUGACUUACACUCAUGCCAUUUGGAUGUGGUUGCCAAGGCCUAUUUCUUUUUAGGUACCCUGCUCUAUUUUAACAUAAACACUAGUAUUUGUAAAUGGCAGUGCCUUGCUAUUUUUUCGAAGGAGUAAGUUGUUUUUUUUAAUUUUCUUUUUGGUGUUUUAGCUGUUUAUUUUGCCUGUCUGGAAUUGAUCUGUGUUAAGCCUUUUAAUCUCUCAGUAGUCAUUAUGCAGUAUUAGUGAUUACACUGUAUUUAAUUCACUUUCAGUAUGAGUUUGAGUCUCUUUGAAGGCUGCGAGUGGCUUAGCAAAUUAGUAAAUGAAUGCAGAAGCUCUUCCUUCCAGAUCAUGUAAUUUAAUACAGGCCUGUUGUUAAUGACCAAAAGCAAUCACUUCUUUUGUAGGUGAAACAGUGAUUCUUGAGCCUGUUCUUAGCGACAGGUGUUCGGUCAGAAUACUUGUAAUUGGCAGCUUUAUGGAAAUCAAGGACUGCAUUAGUAUGAAAUGUAUCUUUUUGUAAGGAAUUACAUUGCCUCUGCUGUUGUAUUACUCAAACACUGUACUAAACACUAAAAGAAAUCAGCUCAGUAACAUACGCGUAGUUUUCCCCUGUAAAAGUAAAAACGAUUGAAGGAACAUUCUAAGAGAAUUAGAAGUGAGUUAUACAAAAUCCAUUUGCAUGCAGAAAAAGACCUACUGUUAGUUUUAACUCCUCCAUUUUCCUGGAUAUCUUUUCAGGACAGGGUGCAGUGUCUGGGGGAGAGACUGAAACCUCUGAAAUGCAAACACUUAUUAAAAGAUGUGCUGCAGUUAACUACUGCAAUCCUGAGACGUUGAUUGCUUACACAACUUCUUUUGUCUUCUAUUGAAUGACAUUUUCUGCUCAAAUGUGGAAAUCAUGCAUUAUAUGGUACCUGAGUAAGAGAUCAUAAAGGAAAAAAAUUGUUUACGUGUCAUUAAAAUGUUUCUUAUGAAAUGCCUUAAAGGAAUAAACUGUAACACUUCUGCAGAACCCUCAUGUUCUCUUGUACAGGUAUUUCUGUAGUACUUGGUGAUUUUAUUGUUGGUUUGUUGUCUUUUUUUGUUGUUGUUCUUGUUGGUUUUUUUUUUUUUUUAAAGCAAUUUCUUCAGUGUGUGUUAAAGCGAAUGUGCAUCUUCAGGAGAAGGGAGGAAAACAAUAUUUGCCACUCACUUCUGGGGUCUUCUCUUUCAUUCUUCGAAACAGCAACCCUGUUGACUGAAUAAGAUGCAAAGUCACUUGGCCACAGGAUCAGGCUUCCCAUUUUCCUCUCCCCGGGCCCGACUUCUAUCAAGUUGCUGAAUAUGUAUAUUUGACACUACGGAUAUUUUUCUUGACGAGCUUUUAAAAUGAAUGUCUUGGCACAUUGGAUCAAAGAAAGAUCUCAGUUGUAGGUACAAGCUUCUGCUUUAUCCAAAAUGUUUUUCACCCGGCUUCACCUCCGCUCACUUGUUUGGAUGCGGCUGACUAAAGGACUGAAGAAUGGGCGCUGGAAGUAGGUGUUUGCAAGUCAGAGCUGCUGUAUUGUGGUUAGAUUGGCUACCCAUGCAAUGAAGCAUAAUUUCUGCAGUGCUCUCUAGCUAACCCACUUCUGAUGCUGUCAUUAAGUAUUAAAGUACUCUGGCAUUUC